GUUACUUACAUCCCCGCUGCACCAGUCGCUGUCGCAAAGCGCCGGCUCACGUGGGAAGGAGGAGCCGUAAAGCGGGCUGCGUUGCAAGAUGGCGGCGUCCAUAACUGCUUCCGUAUGGGGGACAUUACUGAAAAUACAGAGAGGUUUAAGUGCCAGCGGCUGCCUCCCCCAGAGCUGUAUCCACACAAGUGCCGUGUUGGAGGGGAGCCGUCACUGGGAAAUGAAAAAUAGAAUUGUGUACCCACCACAACUCCCUGGUGAACCACGCCGACCCGCAGAGAUCUACCAUUGCCGGAAGCAGAUCAAGUACAGCAAGGAUAAAAUGUGGUAUCUUGCCAAACUGAUACAAGGAAUGUCUAUAGACCAAGCUAUCGCACAGCUGGAGUUUAAUGACAAGAAAGGGGCCAAAAUUAUGAAGGAGGUCCUGCUAGAAGCUCAAGAUUUAGCUGUACGGAAUCACAAUGUGGAAUAUAAAUCCAACUUGUAUGUCGCGGAUUCCUUUUCCAACAAAGGCAAGUACCUAAAGCGGAUCCGUUAUCAUGGACGUGGCAUGUUCGGAAUAAUGGAUAAGGUCUAUUGCCACUAUUUUGUCAAGCUGGUCGAAGGCCCCCCGCCCCCUAAGGAAGAGAAAGUGACAGGCUUCCAGCAGGCCAAGGAAUACGUCCAACAGCUUCGGAACCGCACCAUAACCCACGGCUUGUGAGAUCCUGGGUUUUUAUAUGGUGGAACAGCUGCAGCCUUGUCAUAUGACAUUUCCACUUAAGAACUGAUAGACCACUUUGAGAUAUUAUAUAUAAAUAUACAUAUACUUUUUCUAUCUGAUAAAGAUUUCAUUUUGUUGUUUUUUUCUAAUUUCCCAAAAGAAGCAUUACAGCCGCUACAUUUGAUUGACUGUCAGCCAUCUGCUAUGCAAUACUUCCAUUCCAAUCUAAAUGCUAGAAUGUGUCUAAUGUAACGAUGGUAGUUAAGACUAAAGCACCAUUUGCAUAUAUAUACACCUUGUGUUAACAUUUAGCAAAGUAAUGUACUGGUUUUAUUCUGAAGGGAAUAGCUUUCUUGUACAAACAUAAAUGACUGCAAAGGAA